AUGUGGAGUCUCUCGACGUCUCCUUCUCAAGAGAAUGAAAAAGAACUGAAGCAGGAUGUAGAAUGGGCCCUCAACAGCGACAUACAACGUGAUUUGUGCAAUGCGUUACGCAGUGUAGCACUUGUUCGACCUCUUCUGAUUCCACCUCUCGGCCUUUUCCUACGAAUGUCUGUGAGAGGUUGUUCUGGUAGUGUUGCACCUAAACUCGCAUUCCUUCUCAAAAAAUGGUAA